AUGGAGCUUAGGGUUAGAGUAAUGUCCUUGGAAGAAACACGUCGCACCCAGCGACCAUAUCGCUACGGGAUGAUGUUGUUAUGCGUUGGUGCUUUAGUGAACUGGUUAGGGCUAGCAGAAAACUAUUCCGAGCCGGUACGAUACGCAGGAGUUGCAUGUAUCUUAGCAGGAGCUUGUCUUAUAUGUACUGCAAUGUGUUGUUGGCUUCAUACACCAGGUCGUUCAGGUGUAAAUGGCGAUGAGAGUGACGAUCCUGUUCAUGUAAUUAGUACAACCGAAGAACGAAGACGUGAAAAACCCCCAGACUACGACACGGUGGCUGCAGCUCCACCAAGCUACGAUGACGCGAUUAAGCUAGAUCCAGCCGCUCUUUUACGCUUAUCCAUAGCGUCGGAUACAAAUAUCAACAGUAAUUCGAAUGUCAACAGUCUUCCUACAGAACAUCCCAGUUCAUCCCAAACAACACUGAACAAUAGUAGCAGUGUUACAAAUGUUGCAAACAGUGAAGUUAACCAAAUAGUAGAUAGUUCCAUGGCCUUUAUCGAUGAGAAAAUGUGUCCCGAGAAACCACCUCCUUACUUAGAGCAGCCUAUCAGUAGUACAGGCGACGAACAAACGUCGCGUCGAACAAACUAA